AUGCGGCUGAAUCCAAACGGCGACGCCGCCACCUUCCCCAAGCGCUCAGGUCUUCCGCACGUAUCAGGCACCCCGAAAGGUAACGCCUGGUUCUGGGGCGGCGCUGACGAACUUGGCCGCUUGAACCUGCUCACCCCCGAACGAACCCUCACAACCGUACAAGAAAAUGUCAAAACAGGCGAUUCCAUCUCUCUCGAUCUCCCCCUUAAUGUCCCCAGCCCAGCUCUCUUCGGCCGCCUGGGGCUCAAACACCGCAUCCGAUCAGCUGUCAAAGGCGCCUAUGACGACGAAGUAUCGUACAACACGCAAAGCAGCACCCAGUGGGACGGCUUCCGCCAUUUUGCCCACCCAACGUACGGAUGCCACUACAAUGGCGUUUUGUCAGAUGACAUCAUGACGAAUGUGAAUGAUGACGGGGAAGACGGCGAGGACGCCCCUGAGCCAUCGCGUAAACUGGGUAUAGAUGCUUGGGCAAAGAAGGGAAUCAUUGGACGCGGCGUACUUCUCGAUGUAUGGACUUGGUCGCAAAAACAAGGCAAAGAAUACGACCCUUUUACUCGAUGCGCCAUCACAGCCGAGGACUUGAAGGCGUGUGCAAAGAGCCAGGGGACCGAGUUGCGCACAGCGGAUAUUCUCCUGGUUAGGACGGGAUGGCAGGAAAAGUAUAACGCGUUUUCUGCGGCUGGAAAGGUGGAUUUGGCUGCGCUGGCGCUGGAUAAGCAUUUCUAUGUGGGACUGGCGUCGGAUGAGGAGAUGAAGGAUUUCUUGUACGAUGGAUAUUUUGCGGCGGCUGCGACGGAUUGUGUGGGAUUUGAGGUUUGGCCGCCACCGACUUGGGAUGUGAGUUUACACGCUAAUAUGCUUCCGCUGUGGGGGAUGCCGAUUGGUGAGCUUUGGAACUUGGAAGAGCUGACGAAGAGGUGCGAAAAGGAGGGGAGGUGGACUUUCUUGCUUGUGAGUAAGCCGAGUGAUGUACCGGGCGGUGUGGCGUGUGUGCCGAAUGCUGUGGCAAUCUUCUGA